UCGAGUAGAAAACAUACAAUUUGACAGUGCUGUCAAUUGAUUGCGCUUUAUUUUUUCGGUGCCGAAAUUAAGUUCGACAAUAAGAUAACGCAGUUUUAAGUUCAAGGCCAUUUAAAAUUAAAUUGUUUGGUGAUUUCAUUAUUAUUUUGAUAGUAUUAGAAUCGAAUAGACGUUUAUUUGUGUUUUUCCCUUUCUAAAAUGUUAUGUAUCACGUGAUCGUAUAUUGAAUUUUAAUUGGUCGUCGGUGAGCGUGCCCUGCGCGACGCGAGAGGCGCAAUAAUUUUCCAAAAUGCCGUCGGAAUCUAAACCUUUGUUAGCAGCUCAAACAGAAAAACCGAACCAUUACAACUCUGAGUCUACGAUUUUAUGUUCCAGAUAUCUAAAGGAGUUUCGAGUAGAGCAGUGUCCGUCUUUCUUACAACACAAAUGUACACAACAUAGGCCUUUUACUUGUUUUCAUUGGCAUUUUAAUAACCAAAGACGACGAAGGCCUGUCCGCAAAAGAGAUGGGACUUUCAACUAUAGCGCAGAUAACUACUGUACAAAAUAUAACGAGACAUCAGGCAUUUGUGAAGAUGGGGACGAAUGUCCGUACCUGCACCGCACGGCGGGCGACACGGAGCGGCGCUACCACCUGCGCUACUACAAGACGUGCAUGUGCGUGCACGACACGGACGCGCGCGGGCUGUGCACCAAGAACGGCGCGCACUGCGCCUUCGCGCACGGCGCGCCCGACCUGCGCCCGCCCGUGCUCGACGUGCGCGAGCUGCAGGCGCUCGACAACCCCGACGCCGCCGACGCCGACGCCGCCGCGCCCAACGCCUUAGAUAGAGAAAGAAAUCUACAGAAUGAAGACCCUAAGUGGCAAGAUACAAAUUAUGUACUAUCAUCAUAUAAAACGGAGCCGUGUAAAAGACCACCUAGGUUAUGUAGACAAGGAUAUGCAUGUCCCCAAUAUCACAAUAGUAAAGAUAAACGUAGAUCACCGCGUAAAUAUAAGUAUCGUAGUACCCCGUGCCCUAACGUGAAACACGGCGAGGAGUGGGGGGAGCCUAGUAAUUGUGAAGCGGGCGACGGGUGCGGCUACUGUCAUACACGCACAGAGCAGCAGUUCCACCCCGAGAUCUACAAGUCCACCAAGUGCAAUGACGUGCAGCAGGCCGGCUACUGCCCGCGCGGCCUCUUCUGUGCCUUCGCGCACGUCGAGCCUGAGGAGCUGGGAGCGCGCGAACUAGCGGGCGCGCUGGACUGCGGCACCAGCCUCGCCGACCUGCUGUCCUCCGCGCUGCCGCCCGACAAGAAGCCCGAGCGAGCCGCGUCCCCCGCGCCGCACGCGCUGGCGCCGCUCAGCAACGGCUCCGGCGACGGCUCCGAGUGCGCCUCCACGUCGUCCGGCGGCUCCGCGCCCCGCGCCGCAGCGCCGGACCUCAAGCCCGCGCCCGCCUGGCCCGCGCGCGCCACCUUCGACGCCGCCGUGCUGCACGACGUGGUGGGCAACGCGCUCGACGACCUGCACCUCGACGACCCGCUCAACCUGGUGGCCGCGCUCGACCGCGACCUGGCCGACGGCGACGGCCUGCUGUCCGGCUCCGCGCCCGUCAACAUCCCGCAGCGACCCACCUUGCGCGGCUUCAGCCCGCCCGCCGCCGGCUCGCCUCUGCCGCCCUUCCUGCGCUACGCUAACGACGCCGAGCGCCUGUUCAACUCGCACGCCAUCAAGGCGGGCAGCUUCGGCGGCGGCGGCGGCGGCCCGUUCGAGUUCGCGGCGGCGUCGCCGUCGGGCCCGGCGGAGCUGUCGCGGCUGCGCGAGGAGGUGGUGGCGUCGCGCGCGGCGGUGGCGCGGUGGGACGAGCGCAUCGCGCAGGCGCGCUCGGCGUGCGAGGCGUGGAAGCGCGAGGCGGACGAGGCGGCGCGCGCGGCGGCGCUGGCCGAGCGCCAGCGCGACGAGGCGCGGCAGCACGCGCUGUCGCUGCGGCGCGAGCUGGACGCGGCGCGGGCGGCCCUGGCGCCGCGCCGCGACCUGCGCGGGCUGCCGCUCACGGCGCUCAAGGCGCUGCAGGCGCAGGCGCGGCUGGAGCUGGAGGACAUCGAGAAGGUGCUGUACCUGGAGACGGCCACCAAGUGCAUGGUGUGCGAGGAGCAGCCGCGCAGCGUCACGCUGGCGCCGUGCAACCACUACGUGCUGUGCGACGCCUGCGCCGCCACCACCGCCGAGUGCCCCUACUGUCAGACGCCUGUGCAGCAUCAUCAGUAGCCGCAGCCUCUCUACCGACAUCUUUCUGAUUGAGGUUGCACUAUCUAUUUAGAAAUCAUCUUGAGGCCUAGGCUACUAGGUAAUCUUCUAAAUGGCGACGCUGAACUAUCACGUCGGGUCAGUCCGAGAAACUAAAUCCUUAUUCACCAAUUGAUAUACUAUUAAUCAAACUACGACUAAAGUUGAAUAUCUUCAUUGUUGACUUAUCAUGUUCACCUGCUCACCAAAGUUGCAGAUAAUUAUAUUAUGGAGAAAUAUACUACCUUCGUUGGUAUAUAUUAUUAUCAGAUUGAUUGAUAUUUAUAACUGACAUAUAUACUAGAACAUAAUGUUAUGGAUAUAAUGCUUUUGAUGUUAACAUUUUUGUUUAUUAGCCUCUCGUGUUAGUGGACUGUUGCUUUUACUCGUACAGAUACAACAAAAUAUAUAUUAUAGGUAUUUAUGAGGUUUUAUCUUGAAAAUUAACCUUUGUGGUUAUGCUUUCACCAAUUAUCGUAGAUGUUAAGAAAAUUUUGUAUCGAUUUGGAUAUUCUCAUUGUGACUCAAUUUAUAUGUAAGUUAUAUAUUAUAUAUUGAUAUUGAUGGAAGCACGGCCAUGAAUAUAUUAGUGAUUAUAAGUAUCGGAGAAUAUUAAAGUGUAGUAUUUAGUUUUAUACAGAUAUCUACAAAUCAUUUUACAUAUUCAGAUUAGAAUAAUUAUAAUGGUGUACUGACAGUGUAACACGGCUAUUGAGUGUGGCUUGUAUCGGCUUGCUCGUGAUUAUCGCAUUACAUCAUUUUCACUAAUAACUAGCUAUCUAAGGACCAAAUUUUUCUAUUAAAAUAUUGAAAUUACGAAUAGUAGUUGAGUAGGCGCGUGAGUGCCCUCUAUAGAUCGAACGACUCUAACUGCUUUACAUAUUUGCCUAGAUGCCCCACGUUUGAGAAGCCGUAUAUAUUUUUGUAGACACUAAAUUUAGCGCUUCACUAAAGAGAUUUUCAUGAUCAUCUCUAAAAGAAGUACUGAAUAAUUCAUAAUCGAUUUCUAUCAAGCGUGUUUUCCGCUUUUUGCGAUUAAAAGAAUCUUAUAUAGUUAUAAACUUUUGUUGUACUCGCGACCUCUAGCGGCGGCGUGAACGAAUGAACUUUCUCGACGGACAAAUGAUUGUGUUUGUAGAAGGUCUAUCUAAUACAAGACAAGAUAAUGCUAUAAUUAGAGUAGUAGAAGUACAUUUAUGGUAUUAUAAGUUGUACUAAAUCUAUUGAUAAUGUGACAAGACAAGAAUGUUUCAACGACAUAUUCUAUAUCGUGUCUGUAUUGGAUGUAAGCGACUGAAGUUAGUAGCAGUCUAGUGCGCGCUAGACUGACGAGAUAGGGUAUUGAAGAAUGUAAGGUAAAGUAUAAGCUGUCGGUAGAUGUAUGUAGUUUUAUUGUUAAAUAAUGUCAUGACACUAAUCUGCCGCCGCUAGAGUUCGCCCGUAAAAGUAGAUUUAUUAUACAAACGUAGCGCAUUUUAUGUUAACAUUCCCAAAUAAUCACUAGAUAUUAUAUUUAUAUUAAAGUAUCCCUAUCAUUAUCUUUCUCAGUAUAGAGGAGUAACUGAAUUAUUGCAGGAUAUACCCAAAUUUUUAACUUAUUUCCUUUUUACAAUUUCGUUUCAUUCAAAUAGUAUCAGGAUUUUAAUAAACUUGAGCACAUUUAAAGCAUUUAUUUAUCUUUUUACUAGACGUUACAAGUAAAUGGACGGAUAUUUCAAUAAAUAAUUAAAUAAUGUCAAUAAAUAAAAUUUUGUUAUUCCGCCAUGGGAAAAUCAUCAACUUCACGAAGAUAUACUCAGCCUAGUUGUUGCUUAAUAAACGUUAUUAAUUCUUAUGAGCAUUUAUUUUCCAUUUUUGUUCUCGGUAUCAAAUCUUGGACAACUGGUCAUCAUACAAAAGGAAGUGAGUUGUGACUUUGUGAUGAGAUCUUUUAUAUUGUUCAACUUAUUCUUGUUCCAUGGCGGGAGAACUACUGAGCAUUUCCAUGAGAUUAUGUUAUUUUGUCUAUCAAUAAUACAGUUGUAAGAGUAUUUUCAUUCGGGUUUCUUGUAUUCUUUCAACUAUGGGCUCACUAGAUGGGUAGAUUUGCGUUUAACCUCAGAUUUUAGGAAGCGUAUUUCAAUCUAUGACUAUUUAUUGAGACUUGAAGCAAUAAAUAAAAUUAACCGCGGUUAGACGCAGGUCGACUAAGGUAUUUAAAAAUAAUAAGAAAAAUCAUAGAAACACAAGCGAAAAUAUUUCUUAGAAAAGUUUUAAAAUUGAAUCGUUUCAUCUCCAAGUUUUACCUUCGAGACUUUAAUACGAAUUGUUAUUAAUACCACUACUGUUAUUAAUACGAGUUUCCUACGACACGUUUUAGAAAUACUUAUUUUUAUUUAUAUUUUACUACAUUGACCAUCUGAUAGUCAUGGACGCACGUGGCUGUGCCGACUAUGGAGACAAUUUUGUCAUAAUGAUGUAUUUCAAAUAACAUAAUCAGCAAAGCUAUGAUUGUCUAAGUUCAUAACGCCGUAAAAACAUCCAAAAUGGAUCAUACAUUUGUUAAAAGGACGAGAAACUUAUAUUUACCUAUUUAGUUUUCUGUAUGAAUGAGACAAUAAUAAUAAAUACGACGGGUCUCUUGAUUUCGGCCGGCCAUUACCCACGUGGCAAUCAGAAUUAAAUAUUUAUACUAUGAAACUUUAAUGUUUUUUUUUUGUAUGAAUAUAAUAUUGUAAUAGUAAUAACAAAUUUAACUUAGAUAUAUAACUUAGAUUUAAGUAGUGUUUUCAAAUUGUAAUGGACAUUGUUUUAAGUGUGUAGAAGCGUCUUGUAUCGUAAACAGAAGCAAUAUGACCACAGCCGCCUUUUAUAAUAUUCAGAUAUAUACAAUGUUACACGGCAUGGAGUGCAACGGAGACGCAUGUACCCUUCAAGUGUGCACACAACGCAAGUGACUGACUAGUAGUAGAGCUGAUUGAUGUAUGUAGUUAAAUACUAUCCUUUAAAACUUAUCAGUGUGUCUUUCCCAUUACCACUCAUUUGUUAGUUAUUAUAGCGUUGCUUGGCUUUCAAACUUAUAGUAUUUUUAUCUUAAAUAGCUACCCCCCAAAUCCAAGAUGGCUUAACAUGGCGUCUCCGUUGCGGUCCGCAGCCCUUAUACAAUUAUGUCGACACGGCACAUUUUGUGUACUCAAAUUAAAUAAGAUCUUACUGAAUUAGGCUUUGAAUCUUGUUUGAUUAGGUUAGUAGACAUCGGGAAUAAUCGUUGCGUCAGUAUUUUUAAUGAAGUCAUAUUUGAUCUAAAUCAAUUUUAUUACACGAUUCCAUAUUGUAGGUAAGUAGUGUUUUGAAAAUCAUAUCUUUUUGAAUAAUAGACAUAACAGUUAUAUUUUUUCCUCCUAAUAGUGGAAAGUAAAGAGUGAAUACUAUAAUACAUAUGUUUACUCAACUUAGAAUCGUCAUUUUCUAUUUUUUUAAAUAUGAAUAAUCAGAUCAGAAAGUUGUCUAUUGAAUAUUUAUGAUAAAACAAUAUUGAUGUACACGAUUCUCAGUGCUCAUGUGGGAACUAGAUAAUAUGUCUAUGAAAGGUGUGUCUCUAUCGGAAAUGUAAUUUAUUUGAUGUGUCGAGUUCAAAGUACUUGUGAAAUGUGAUUUUUGGAAAUGCUUGUCUAAAUAUUUUUCAAUGGUAGAGUAAGAGUUGGUCACAAGGUAUCGUGAUCUUGUCUGAAACAUAUGGAAGUAGUGGCGUGAAACAAAAUGUCCUGUGUGGCCAUAGCGUAUUAUAGUCUAGCUUGCUAAUCAUUUGAGAUUUAGAUGUGUAUUAGAGUCGAUAUUUAUUUUUAUAUAGAAAUCUUUAUCACAUGGAGAGUGUAAUUUUGUUGAUAAAAUUUUGUAGUUGCUAUAGAUAUCGCGUGGAUCCUAUCUGUACCUUGAGUGUUUACUGUAGAGGAGUGUGUCGUGCAGACGCUGGUGAGAGCUCCGCCGAGUGCAAUGCGUCGCUCGCGGUACCGACGAGAUCAGACCGAUGACCGGCGGGCGUGGUGUGGUUAUUGUUUAUGUACCUUUGUUUUAUCCUCGUUUUAAGCAAUUAUUUUAUCAACAUUUAUAAACAAUAUUAUACCUACAGUUUGCAUUUUGUUUUAGUUUGUUUAAGGACCAAUGUAGUUAAAAGGCUUUGAAAGUUUUUUGCAUGUGCAUAAUAACAGCAUUCGACUAUUUUACUUAAUAUAUAUUUACAUAUUUUUAAUUUUAUUUAAUUUUUAGGUAGGUAGGUCCAACAAAUUCUUUCAAAUUUUUAUUGUUAAAUUUAGAAAUAGAACGUAGUAGAUAACCAAUUGAGACACGUUCACACUCACAUACUGGAGAUCAAAUUGUUUUUAUUUUUUUAUUUAUUACAAAAAUAUGCAUUAUAGCUUCUAAUAUCAUAGUAGAUAUUUUUUAACAAAGUAAUUUUCAAAUCCAUGUGAUACAAAUUAAUGUGUAACAGAGAUGUGAAGAUUAUGAAUAUUACUAGAUAGGUAGGUUUAAUAAAUUUAAAAUUCCAUUCAAUA